AUUUUGUCAAUCGUUACAAUCCUUGCCAAGGCUCUAAACAUUAAAUUGUAUGAUCCCACACAUUUCUUAUUGACAAGAUGGCAGAUUGCUACGUAAUAGUUACAACAAGGAACAUUUUAUGGAUGGUGUUGUCAGUUGUUGCAACGCUGGCUGUGAUAGCUGGAAUUAUGACACCCAAGUGGUUGUAUGGAAGAUCAGUGCUUUUUGAUGACAAGAACUAUAAUUUUACAUCUCAGUACAUCCCACCGGAGGCGAUGUACAGGCCAUCAAUUGGCAUCUACAACCGCUGUAAAAAAAUUCAUAAGAGUGUUGGAGGGGAUCCAGAACUAAAUUGUUACACUUACAUCAAAAACUUUAUGGAGAUUCCUUCAGCUGCUUGGCAAGCUUGUCUGUUUUUUCUAUGGUUUGGUACAGCACUUCUAGCUAUUGUUGUACUCAUGUCCAUCGUGGGAUUUUGUGCACAAAGUAUAGGAAAGAAAAGUAUUUUCUCACUUGGUGGAGUGAUCCAGGCUAUAGCAGGUAAUUACUGGGAAACAUAACUUUUAUUGAUAGUUGUUUGUAUUCUUUCAAGUGAUUAGUUUUUUUCCAUACCUUGGAGCAUUUGGUCCUUUUUCAGUUAAGCCUCUUCUUGUUUGACACACAUUUUCAGUUAACCCUGUUCUUGUUUGACACCCAUUUUCGUGAAAAAUACCAAGGCACGGCCUGGAAUACUGCUAUAGGAAACCAACUUUCUUCUGUUAAACAAUUACAGAAAAAAAAAUAGUUUAUAGUGUGAUACUUUAUGAAAGCAUCACUCUGUACGAAAGAUCAUUAGUCAGCCUUGUAGUGAAUUAAUCAUAGCUUUUCUUGCCUUGUAAUAACUGUUAUGCAUUCUCAGUUCCAAAAACUGAAAUUAAACAUUGAAAAACUGCAACAAGCUAUUGGUCCAAGCACAUGCAUAUGCAUAAGUGAAUUGUUGUACCAGUGAUCUUGUAAACCAAAUUCAAAGGUUUCUUUACCUGGGAGCUAACAUUUGUUAUGUGGGGUUCUUUAUAGCACUCUUUCUUGUGAUUGGCCUUGUUCUCUACCCUGCUGGCUGGGGCAGUGAAACAGUUGGUGAUCUUUGCACAAAGCCAUCACAGAAACCUGGAGCUUUUGUACUUAACGAAUGCUCAAUGGGAUGGGCAUUUUAUGCCGUGCUUGGAGGUACAUUGUCAUCAUUUCUAUGUUCCUUGUUAUCUGGUCAAGCAGAGAAGUCUACAUCAAGUGAUGACGUGCAAGAUGAAAUUUCAGACGGAAAGACUUUGAUUUGUCUUAUUUAAUUGGAUUGCUGGAAGUUGGCAAGGGUAUGUCGCAGUUUCCUAUGUUGUGAGGACUGUUGUCAUUAUCAAUGUGGCAACUUUUCUUGUGGACUUGUACAUGGCUGUAAUGUGCUGUAGCUGUUAAGGUUCACUGGCAAAUUCUGCUAUUAAGAGAACAUUCAAUCAAAGAACAGAAAUCAAGGUGUUUGUUUAUAGAUAUAGAUUAACUUGUGGUUACAAAUAACUUUAAAAUAGUAAUUGCAUGAUUUUAAUCAAGAAUGUAAAGUUAGUGGUAAACUGGCAUAAAUUGGAGUUUUGACAGUGAUGGAAUCAGGAUCUUUUCCAGACCAUUUAUAGAGGGUGGUACAAAUUUCAAUUGAUUUGAAAGAUUUAAUCUGUUAAAAGGGAUGAAUCACUGAUGAGCAGGG